UCCCAGCGGGCUGUGAGGCUGAGGAUAUCAGGGCCGGGGAGUUCUUGCAUCGCAGAGUUACGUGCCACGGCGGCUGCUUAGGGGAAGUGCACCGGGCUCGCCGCUGCCCGGGGCGGUCCUUUUGUUUCCAUCUGAGUGGAGGGAGAGUGCUGCCAUGGCGGCCCCUGCGCAGCCCAAGAAAAUCGUGGCCCCCACGGUGUCCCAGAUCAACGCGGAGUUUGUGACCCAGUUAGCGUGUAAAUACUGGGCUCCCCACAUCAAGAAAAAAUCACCUUUUGAUAUAAAGGUUAUCGAAGAUAUAUAUGAGAAAGAGAUUGUCAAAUCAAGGUUUGCUAUCAGAAAGAUAAUGUUGUUGGAAUUUAGCCAGUAUCUUGAAAAUUAUCUCUGGAUGAAUUAUUCUCCAGAGGUGUCCAGCAAAGCCUAUUUAAUGUCAAUCUGCUGUAUGGUGAAUGAGAAGUUCAGAGAAAAUGUCCCUGCAUGGGAGACUUUUAAGAAGAAGCCAGACUACUUCCCAUUCUUUUUUAAGCGCAUCUUAAAAGCGGCAUUAGCUGAAACUGAUGGUGAAUUUUCACUCCAUGAACAGACAGUCCUAUUGCUUUUUCUUGAUCAUUGUUUCAAUAGUUUGGAAGUAGACUUGAUACGGAGUCAAGUACAGCAGCUUAUCUCCCUCCCAAUGUGGAUGGGCUUACAGCCUGCACGAUUGGAAUUAGAAUUAAAAAAGACACCCAAGCUAAGGAAAUUCUGGAACUUGAUUAAAAAGAAUGAUGAAAAGAUGGAUCCAGAAGCAAGAGAACAGGCCUAUCAAGAAAGAAGAUUUCUUUCACAGCUCAUCCAGAAGUUUAUCUCUGUGCUAAAAUCAAUCCCACUUUCUGAACCUGUUACUAUGGACAAAGUUCAUUACUGUGAAAGAUUCAUUGAACUUAUUAUUGAUCUAGAGGCUCUACUCCCCACAAGGCGCUGGUUUAAUACCAUCUUGGAUGACUCCCACCUUUUGGUUCACUGUUACCUUUCCAAUCUUGUUCAUAGGGAAGAGGAUGGUCAUCUUUUUUCCCAGCUUUUGGACAUGCUUAAGUUCUAUACUGGUUUUGAAAUUAAUGACCAGACUGGAAAUGCUCUGACAGAGAAUGAGAUGACCACAAUUCACUAUGAUAGAAUUACUUCUCUUCAGAGAGCUGCUUUUGCACAUUUUCCUGAACUCUAUGAUUUUGCCCUCUCAAAUGUGGCAGAAGUAGAUACUCGGGAAUCCUUGGUCAAAUUUUUUGGACCUCUUAGUUCGAACACGCUCCACCAGGUGGCAUCAUACCUCUGUUUGUUGCCAACCCUUCCUAAAAACGAAGACACAACUUUUGAUAAAGAAUUUCUUCUAGAAUUGCUGGUGUCUCGUCAUGAACGUCGAAUUUCUCAGAUUCAGCAGUUGAACCAGAUGCCUUUGUAUCCAACUGAGAAAAUUAUAUGGGAUGAAAAUAUUGUCCCAACUGAGUACUAUUCUGGGGAAGGUUGUCUUGCUCUUCCCAAGUUGAAUUUGCAGUUUUUGACUCUUCAUGACUACCUCCUAAGGAACUUUAAUCUCUUCCGCUUGGAAUCAACAUAUGAAAUUAGGCAGGACAUCGAGGAUAGUGUCAGCAGAAUGAAACCAUGGCAAUCUGAGUAUGGUGGUGUAGUGUUCGGUGGUUGGGCACGAAUGGCCCAACCCAUUGUGGCUUUCACAGUAGUUGAGGUUGCCAAGCCCAACAUAGGUGAAAACUGGCCAACUCGAGUUCGUGCGGAUGUUACCAUCAAUCUGAAUGUCAGAGAUCACAUCAAAGAUGAAUGGGAAGGUCUUCGUAAGCAUGAUGUAUGCUUUUUAAUUACUGUGCGUCCCACAAAACCUUAUGGCACUAAGUUUGACCGGAGGAGACCUUUUAUUGAACAGGUUGGCCUGGUUUAUGUCAGAGGCUGUGAAAUCCAGGGCAUGCUGGAUGAUAAAGGACGUGUCAUUGAAGAUGGACCUGAACCCAGACCCAAUCUUAGAGGAGAGUCAAGGACAUUUAGAGUGUUUUUGGAUCCGAACCAGUAUCAACAAGAUAUGACCAGUACUAUACAAAACGGAGCAGAAGAUGUAUAUGACACUUUCAAUGUAAUAAUGAGGAGAAAACCAAAGGAAAAUAACUUUAAGGUUGUGGGCCCACCUGGUACAGGAAAAACAGAUGUGGCAGUCCAAAUCAUAUCCAACAUCUAUCACAAUUUCCCAGAGCAGAGGACUCUAAUUGUUACUCAUUCCAAUCAGGCACUGAACCAGUUGUUUGAGAAAAUUAUGGCAUUAGACAUUGACGAGCGCCACCUACUGCGUCUUGGUCAUGGAGAAGAAGAGCUGGAGACAGAGAAAGAUUUCAGCAGUCCUUUUUUCCUACAGGUAAUGUCUCGUUGGGAAGAGUAUAUCAGCAAAGUGAAAAAUAAAGGCAGUACCUUGCCGGAUGUUACAGAAGUCUCAACUUUCUUCCCUUUCCAUGAAUACUUUGCAAAUGCCCCUCAACCCAUUUUUAAAGGCAGAUCUUAUGAAGGAGACAUGGAAAUUGCCGAAGGAUGUUUUAGGCAUAUUAAGAAAAUCUUUACUCAACUCGAGGAAUUCAGAGCGUCUGAGCUGCUUCGAAGUGGACUGGACAGAUCUAAAUACCUUCUGGUGAAAGAAGCCAAAAUUAUUGCUAUGACCUGUACUCAUGCUGCCUUAAAACGUCAUGACUUGGUCAAGUUAGGUUUCAAGUAUGACAACAUUUUAAUGGAAGAGGCUGCUCAAAUUCUGGAGAUAGAAACGUUUAUACCUCUUCUUCUACAAAAUCCUCAGGAUGGGUUUAGCCGACUAAAACGAUGGAUUAUGAUUGGUGAUCACCACCAGUUACCUCCAGUCAUUAAAAACAUGGCCUUUCAGAAGUAUUCAAACAUGGAACAGUCUCUCUUCACUCGCUUUGUCCGGGUUGGUGUUCCUACUGUGGACCUCGAUGCUCAGGGAAGAGCCAGAGCAAGUUUGUGUAACCUCUACAACUGGCGAUACAAGAAUCUAGGAAACUUACCCCAUGUGCAGCUCUUGCCAGAGUUUAGUACAGCAAAUGCUGGCUUACUGUAUGACUUCCAGCUCAUUAAUGUUGAAGAUUUUCAGGGAGUGGGAGAGUCUGAACCUAAUCCUUACUUUUAUCAGAAUCUUGGAGAGGCAGAAUAUGUGGUAGCACUUUUUAUGUACAUGUGUUUACUUGGUUAUCCUGCUGACAAGAUCAGUAUUUUAACAACGUAUAAUGGGCAAAAGCAUCUUAUUCGUGACAUCAUCAAUAGACGAUGUGGGAACAAUCCAUUGAUUGGAAGACCAAAUAAGGUGACAACUGUUGAUAGAUUUCAGGGUCAACAGAAUGAUUACAUUCUUCUUUCUCUGGUACGAACCAGAGCAGUGGGCCAUCUGAGGGAUGUUCGUCGCUUAGUGGUGGCCAUGUCUAGAGCCAGACUUGGACUUUAUAUCUUCGCCAGAGUGUCCCUCUUCCAAAACUGCUUUGAACUGACUCCAGCUUUCAGCCAGCUCACGGCCCGCCCACUUCAUUUGCAUAUAAUUCCAACAGAACCUUUUCCAACCUCUAGAAAGAAUGGAGAGAGACCAUCUCACGAAGUACAGAUAAUAAAGAAUAUGCCCCAGAUGGCAAACUUUGUAUACAACAUGUACAUGCAUCUGAUACAGACUACACAUCAUUAUCAUCAGACUUUAUUGCAACUACCACCUGCUAUGGUGGAAGAAGGUGAAGAAAUUCAAAGUCAAGAAACAGAAUUGGAAAUAGAAGAAGAAGUCAUGCCUGCUCAAGCUGACAUCAUACCCAGUCCAACAGAUUCCAGUUCUAGCCAAGAAACCCUAGCAUCUCAGACAGAUACCACCCCCAAUCAGACAGGAGCCAGUUCCAAUUCAGAAGCCAUCCCUGCUCAAUCUGAGAUCACUGCUACUGUGACAGGACCUGUAACUGUACCAGCAGAGGCUGUCACCCCUCAAGAUGACACAUCUACCCCAGCAGAGACCAAGUAGACAAAUUAUCCCUUCUUAGGGAGGCCACUUCAUUCUUCAAGUCUAAGUAGAAUUAUUUUUUGUAUUUUACAUUUACUCCUGCCAUUUUAAUGGCACUAAUUAAUGUUCAGUCCUUAUUUUUGUUAACUGAUUUCAAUGUCUUGAAUAUAUUAAAAAAAAAAUGUGUGUGUAUGGACAACUGCAGUUUCAUUUUUUCAGUCAGAAGAGAAAAUAAUCAUUCCUUU